UAUAUAUAUGUCCUAACUUCUUUUGCAAACCAUGUACUUUUUAGCAUCAGCAGACUACGCGAGUCUGGACUGCUGCAGAAGAUGUUGCUCGACUGGUACCCUAAUUCUUACUACUCGUGCCCAGACCAGCCUGUGGUUGCCUUGGGCCUCAAACAGGUCUUCACGGCAUUCGUAAUGCUCGGGUGCGGCGCUCUGGCAAGUGGCGUCUUCCUGUGCCUGGAAAGAACCGUUUUUCAGUUUCGAUAUUACCAGCAAAGGAAAAGCCAUCAGGAACAGAGCAGAGGGACACUUGCCCCGACGAAAUACAUGGAGAAUGAAAGCCAACCCAGCCUCUGCGGAAGUAUCAAGACAAUAUCCCAGGUUAUUUGUAUAAAAGAUAAAAAACACGGAAUUACGACAGGAUAAAAAUUGAGUUCAGUGGUGUGAAUAUGUUAUAAUAUAUUUUGUGAUUUUGUGAAAAGCACUUCCUGGAUUUAGUUGUGUUUUAUGUUUUAGAUUUAGGUGAAAUGGUAAUGUUUCUUUAGGAAAGACUACGCCUAUAAGUAAUGCUGAAAGCUUUGGUAUCGAAACAUAUAAGAUAUGCUUUAAAAACUACAUACACUGUACGGUAAGCUCAGGCUCCCAGUAUUUUUUUCUGAGGUAUGAAUAUAUAAUUAAGAGAGAGAGAGAGAUUGCAUCAGAUUAUC